GAGGUUUUUGUUGCUUUGACUGUGCUGGAUCUAUGCACAGCCCCUGCAAAACAACCCAGACACAUACCAGCCAAUCUCUGUGCCACAGCUACUCCAGCUUCAUCUGGUUUUCCAUUCUUCUCCCUUCCAGUCUCAAAGAGACUACCUUGGGCUCACUUUGUUCUUUUUGGUAUCCCAAAGAUUCUUGGAGGCCACUGUAAUGUCAUCAGUUUUUCCCCAUAGGCCAUGCGUGGAAAAUGGUGAAGAGGAGAUAUUAAUGGCAGAAAUGAUUUAUUUAAUUAAUUCCCAGGAUUUUAGGAGGCAAUGUAGCAUCAGCAGAAGCAGUUCAGCAUAUCAUCACUGCAAGGAGGAGGAGAGAGAACACCUGAUAGUCCAUGAGAGUAUGAAUUAUUUGCCUUCACACAGUAAAGCUUACGAGAAGUGGCUACAAGAGAAAACAUACAGGAAAGAGCAGGAUCGAUGGCUGCUGAUGGGACUAAUUGGCACAGCAGUUAGGAUGCUGGGGUCUUUGACUCAUCAGAUAAUUGACUCUCUCAUCAAAUUGAAAUGGGACCUGGUGGAAAAUGACCUGCAGGAUGGCAACUUCCACAUGACGUGGCUGUGUGCGCUUGGGUCUGGGCUGGCCAUGGUGGUUCUCUCUUCAGGCUCCACGCUGGUAAGUGCUACAACAGGGUCACCCUCUGGCUUGCCAGAAAUCAUUGGGUGUUUGAAUGGCACUUCUAUUCAACAUCUUUUUAACUUCAAGACCUUUUUAGGGACAUUGGUCUCAUGUGUGCUGGCUGUAGCCUCGCUCUUCUGUGGGCUAGAAGGUCCCAUGAUCCAUUUGGGUGCUCUCCUGGGUUGUGGCCUGAGCCACCUGCAGUUGGACACCCUUGGCAUCCACCUCCCGAUCUUCACUAGGUUUCAGAAUUCAGCUGAUAAGGAGGUUGUCAUUACGGCUGGUGCAGGAGCAGGGACAGCUUCAGUAUUUCGUGCCCCCAUCAGUGGGCUCUUAUUCACUCUGGAGGAAGUGUCUUUAUUUUGGGACAUCACGCUGGCCUGGCAAACCUUCUUCUGCUGCCUGAUGGCUACCUUCACCAUGGAUUUACUGUCCUCUUUCUAUGGCUUUGUUUACAGAGGUCAUUUUGGAUUUUUUUAGGCAGAGAAAAGAAUGAUAUUUUGGGUUGAGAACUUACUGGACAGGAAUAUCUUGGCCUUUAUUCCAACCCUCCUACUUGGAAUGCUUGGAGGUCUUCUGGGAGCUCCCUUUGUUUCCCUAAAUAUAAAGAUUAAUAAAUUACAUAUGCAGUUCUUAAAUUCAAUUCCAAAAUCCCUUAGAAAAACAAGCAAGCUGUUGGAAGCUGUGCUCAUCCCUGUAUGUACGAUGACUGUUACCGUAUACUUACUGUAUUUCUUUCCUUGCAAUCUAGUCAUGAGUGGGAGAAAUGACCAGCCAAGAAAUAGCUCAGAUAACAUAAAUCAAUUCAAGAAGGAAGUUUCAGAAUAUCAAACCUUCAGGGAGCUGACCACUGCACUUCUGAUUCAAAACGGGAAACAGGGGAUCACGUAUCUUUUUAAAUGUGGGACUCAUGAAGCAUUUGGAUACACAUCCCUCUGCACUGCUUUGGCAGUUUAUUUCAUGCUCAGCUGUUGGACAGCAGGUUCUGCCAUUGCCAGUGGCCUGGUUAUUCCCAUGCUGUACACAGGAGCUUUAUAUGGCAGGAUAAUCAGUUUGAUCCUUGUUUCCAUUUUUGGUGUUCAAACUAAUAAACAUGGAACAUGGAUUGAUCCAGGUCUCUCUGCUGCCAUUGGAGCUGCCUUCUUUUUCAGUGGUGUGUCAAGGCUAACCAUCCGUGAUAAGGUGAAAGUGCAAAUUACGAAUGAUGUCCACUCUUUGCUACUGAUAACUGCUGUCAUGGUGGCCAAGAUGGUUGGUUACUUGUUCAGUGCAUCCCUCAGUUACCUCCUGAAGCUGAAAUGCAUUCUUUACUUGGACGUGGAGCCUUUUGUUUGUCACAGGAGAAAAUGGUUGAACCUGGAAUUGUUCUCUGCCAGGGAAGUCAUGGAGCCUGGCGUCAGAGCCCUUCACCUAAAGGAAAACAUUGCCUCCUUGGCUCAGCUGCUUGCAAGUACAAGCCACGGUGGAUUCCCAGUAGUUUGCAGGCCCAAGCCAGAUCAUGCAGAGGUGUUCCAGGGAACUAUUAAAAGGUUAGAGCUGUGCAUGCUGCUGCAGAAUGAGCACAUCUUUGAGCCAGAGACAAACGAUGCAUCUUUCUCCUUUUCUCAUCAUCUGUCCUAUGAGAAGAUAAGAGUGGAGAAGCUGCCCGAUCUGUCCCGCCUAACCAAGCUGCUGAAUCGCUACGCUACAGAUCCCUGGUAUCAGCAACUCUUCAUCAAUCUGGAGCCAUAUAACACAUUUGUCAUGUCAGUCCAAGCUCAUUUCUUGUUGCAACACACCUACAUCAUCUUUUGCACCCUGGGGCUAUGCCACCUUACUGUUGUUGACCCACAAAACCGAGUUGUUGGGAUGAUCACCAGGAAGGACACGAUGCCUUUCCCACUGGAGAAGAGGCUAAGGCUCCAGCUGAUGCCACAGAGCCCCGAUGUGGGUGAGCAACCCCGGGAUUCAAGGCCAUGA